CCUCCCUCCUCCCCCUCCGUUCCGUUCCCCUCGUCGUCCCCCACCCCACUUCCGACGCGCAAAGGCAAAAGCGCAGCGCAGCAAGCCAGCAACGCAAACCCAGGGCGCGAGAGCGAGGUCUCCGGUCAUACUCAUACCCUGCUCGGCUCGCUGCCGCCCGGCCUGUCUCAGUCCACUCUCAUCACUCAUCAGCGAGCGAGCGAGAGGGGGGGGAAGGGGAGGGCGCGGGAGUUAAGGGUGGAACGGAAUUAAUGGCGCCAGCCCAGGAGGAACAAGCGGAGGCCUGAAGCCUGAUCGAUACCACUGCACUGCACCACUUCUCUUCAUUUCUUUCUCUUCUUCCUGGCGAGAGAGAGGGGCGCCUCCCCCCUUCGAUCCCCUCCUCCUGAGCUGUAGUGUGCUGCUUCGUCAGGACCAGCGAGAUUACUGCUGCGUACCACCGCUGCUAUUUCCUGCGUAGCAGCGAGGCUAUAUUAGCGCCUCGGAGGAGGAGCUAGCUAUAGCUAGGCCUCGUGGUACUAGUACAGCCGCAGCCGCCCUCUAGCUAGUCCAAAGUCCAAGCAGCCAGCCCUCCCGCUUCCGGCCCGGAUUGCGCUCGAAGCAAGCGGCCGCCCGAGGCGAGGCGAGGCGUGCGCGCGCCGCGACGAUGGACUUCGGCGACGACGUCAUGGACGGCGGCUCCGACGCCCAGCGUCGCAAGAAGAGAUACCACCGCCACACCCCGCGCCAGAUUCAGCAGCUCGAGGCGAUGUUCAAGGAGUGCCCGCACCCGGACGAGAACCAGCGGAUGCAGCUGAGCAGGGAGCUGGGGCUGGAGCCCCGGCAGAUCAAGUUCUGGUUCCAGAACCGCCGGACGCAGAUGAAGGCACAGCACGAGCGGCAGGACAACUGCUUCCUGCGCGCGGAGAACGACAAGAUCCGGUGCGAGAACAUCGCCAUGCGGGAGGCCCUCCGCACCGUCAUCUGCCACACCUGCGGCGGUCCGCCCGUCACCGACGACUACUUCGACGAGCAGAAGCUGCGCAUGGAGAACGCGCGGCUCAAGGAAGAGCUUGACCGGGUGUCCAGCCUGACGUCCAAGUACCUGGGGCGGCCCAUCACGCAGCUGCCGCCGGUGCAGCCGCUGUCCAUGUCCUCGUCGCUGGACCUGUCCGUCGGCGGGCUCGGCAGCCCGGCGCUGGGCCCGUCGCUGGACCUCGACCUCCUCAGCGGCGGCUCCUCCGGGUACCCUCCGUUCCACCUCCCGAUGACGGUGUCGGAGAUGGAGCGGCCCAUGAUGGCCGAGAUGGCGACGCGCGCCAUGGACGAGCUCAUCAGGAUGGCGCAGGCCGGCGAGCACCUGUGGGUCAAGACGGCGGGCGGCGGCCCUGACGGUCGCGAGGUGCUCAACGUCGACACGUACGACAGCAUCUUCGCCAAGCCCGGGGGCUCGUUCCGCGGCCCCGACGUGCACGUCGAGGGCUCCCGCGACUCGGGCCUCGUCUUCAUGAGCGCCAUCGGCCUCGUCGACAUGUUCAUGGACUCGAGCAAGUUUACGGAGUUCUUCCCUGCCAUCGUGUCCAAGGCGCGCACGAUGGACGUCCUCGUGAACGGCAUGGCCGGGCGGAGCGACUCUUUGGUUCUGAUGUACGAGGAGCUGCACAUGAUGUCGCCGGUCGUCCCGACGCGCGAGUUCUGCUUCCUCCGCUACUGCCGGCAGAUAGAGCACGGGCUAUGGGCGAUCGCGGACAUCUCGGUAGACCUGCAGCAGCGCGACGCAAGGUUCGGUGCGCCGCCAUCGCGCUCGUGCCGCCUCCCGUCGGGAUGCCUCAUUGCUGAUAUGGCCGAUGGCUCCUCCAAGGUGACCUGGGUCGAGCACAUGGAGAUCGAGGACAGGGUUCCCAUCCACCUGCUGUACCGCGACCUCAUCCUCAGCGGCGCCGCGUUCGGGGCGCACCGGUGGCUCGCCGCGCUGCAGAGGGCGUGCGAGCGGUGCGCGUGCCUAGCCACGGCCGGCAUGCCGCACCGGGACAUUGCAGCUGCAGGAGUGACGCCGGAAGGGAAGCGGAGCAUGAUGAAGCUGUCGCAGCGGAUGGUGAGCAGCUUCUGCGCGAGCCUGAGCGCGUCGCAGCUCCACCGGUGGACGACGCUGUCGGGGCCCAACGAUGUGGGCGUCCGCGUCAUGGUGCACCGCAGCACGGACCCGGGGCAGCCCAGCGGCGUGGUGCUCAGCGCUGCCACGUCCAUCUGGCUGCCGGUCCCGUGCGACCGGGUGUUCGCCUUCGUCCGCGACGAGCACACGCGCUCCCAGUGGGACGUGCUGUCGCACGGCAACCCGGUGCAGGAGGUGUCGCGCAUCCCCAACGGCUCCCACCCUGGAAACUGUAUCUCCUUGCUCAGAGGCCUGAACGCGAGCCAGAACAGCAUGCUGAUCCUGCAGGAGAGCUGCACCGACGCGUCGGGCUCGCUGGUGGUGUACGCGCCGAUCGACAUCCCGGCGGCGAACGUGGUGAUGAGCGGCGAGGACCCGUCGGCGAUCCCGCUCCUGCCGUCCGGCUUCACCAUCCUGCCCGACGGGCGGCCCGGCGCAUCGUCGUCGUCGUCGAGCGCUGCCGGUGGCACGCUGGGCGCGACGGCGGCGGCCGGGUCGCUGGUGACGGUGGCGUUCCAGAUCCUGGUGAGCAGCCUGCCGUCGUCGAAGCUGAACGCCGAGUCGGUGGCGACGGUCAACAGCCUCAUCAGCACCACUGUGGAGCAAAUUAAGGCGGCCUUGAAUUGCGCCAGCCAUUGAUGAAGCCCCGGCCCGGGCGAUGGAUCCAUGGAAUUGAUGCGUGCCUGCCCUGCGUGCAUGCAUGCAUGCCGGCCGCAUGCACGCGUAGGUCUCCUCUCCUCGCCCCCGGCCGGCCGCCUGCCGCUUGCCUGCUGCUGGCUGCUGCGAGGAAUGAAUUCCCUUCAAGGCGUUGGUUCGCGACGGGGUUCUUGGUUGGUUGGGGGGCUUCAAUGCUGCCCAUUCAAGGAGGCGGGGCUGCUGCCAUGGUGUCGCCCGCUUGGGGUUCACCUGCCGCUGUUGCUGCGCCGUCCGAUCACCCCAUGCAUGAUCAUCAUUCAGCUCUCUCGCUCUCUCUCUCUCUCUCUCUCUCUCUCUCUCUCUCUCUCUCUCUCUCUCUCUCUGCCACUCAUGCAUGCAUGAUAACGUUUCCUCUUGCUCUAGGUGUCCGGUCCCUGUUAAGUACAGGAUUUGAAGCUUGCUUGCUGGCGAGGCUUUGCAUGAAACGGAGGAGUCAAGAACGCACCAUGCUCGUCACAUUCCUCUUGCUGCCGUCACUCACGUUCGGUUGUUAAUUAAAUUCAAUUCCAUUCCCUCUUUUGUGUCUCCCCCCCCACAUCUCCAUAGUUUUUGCCACCCAUUUGCAGUCUCCCAUUCUGUAGUUUGUAGCAGUUUGCAGCAGAGGAUGAUGAAUGGUUCGGGUAUUGACUUCUGUCUAAUGGUGUUAAGCCUUCAAUGAUAUCAUUAAUUCUCUC